CUCAUGAGCAAGCGCCCUUUUGCUAGGCGCGAGAAUUAACUUUAGACUUCAACUAAUUUACUAUAAAUCUUUACCAAUCCAGUUAAUUAAAAAGUGCUAUAAGGCACAAAACGUGUACUGUAUUCUUCGUUAAUGUAGGGCUAUGACUUUAUCAAAAGCCAGAAAUGGCAACCGGGAACAAUGGUAUUUCAAGAGAUAGCACUGCUGACUGCUAUUUGCUGCAGUGUUUAUUUUAGAAAUGGAUGAUAUAUAUGGCAAAAUGGAGACACGAUUCUUUCUACCUCAGCUUACUAGAAUCAAGAACUCUUCCGGAAGUGUCUCCGACAAAAGGACCUUUUAUAAGGAGAACCUACUAGAGACGACCAGCAGACCCAAAACGCAGGUGCAGCCAAAACACAACAGGCUAAAACGAGCGAAAACACAAAAAAGAUCGGAGAAUUUCACUGGCCGCGGAAACAAUCCCACCCAUGUAACUGAGACCACCGAGUCCAGGUCAUUUUGUGAUGAUAUUCUGAACAACCGUAAAGGAAAACUAUUGACAGAUGCUGCAAUACCUACUGGCGAUAAAGACAACUCCGCUCUUCCUCCUGCAUCACCAGCUCUUCCCACAGAAAGCGUAAGAAAGGAAGGACACCAUUCACAAACGGUGCAAAAAGUUUCUCAAAUGCAAAACGAGGGAUAUAUGAAACGCAGUAAACUGACAUUAAAGAAGAUGAGCAGCGAUACGAGUUUGCAGUUCGUCCCCAUUCCUGCAGAGAGAGCAGAACGUGGCUCAAGUGACAAAAGCUUAAAAGACAUUGAUCAUUUUAGAGCUGAUAAAGAGGUGUUGCCCAGCUGUUUACGAAUUAACACCAGUGACAAGGACCUUUUGAUUGAUCUGCCAGAGAAAUCUGGAUGGAGAGAUGAAUUUGGCAAUGAAAUGAGCAGUGAGUUGCUGGAAGAGAUUCAGAGACUCAAUUUGCAGUUUCCCGUCCACAGGUUCUUCACUCUUCUCCUGAGGAAGAGAACUGCACCUAAGGAGGAUAUUUCUGCUUUGGAAGCAGAUGAAACGGAUGAUUCCAAGCAUCUUUCAGCUUCUGUCCAGAGAAAGAGAAAACAAGAGUUGGAGGAGAAGACCUGUGACAGGACAUACAAAUGUCACAGGACAAAUAAAGGCUGUGUUUCUGCCGAUAAGUUGGACUUUGAACAGUUUUCAGAUGGUUUGGUCCCCUCUCAUGCAAAGUACAGAAACCGACUGAGCCGAACAAAACGCAGGCAACAACAAACUACAUUCUGUGCUGUAGUCACUGAACCAGUGCAGAAUGAAUCUGUUCAUCAGGAGGCAUGGCCUGGUCAUCUACGAAGAGAGGAUGUUCUCUGGACAGAUAAAUAUCAGCCUCAACAGUCUAGUGAAGUCAUUGGCAACUCUGCAUCAGUAGGGCAACUACACAGCUGGUUGAAAGAAUGGAAAAUAAGAGCAGACACCGAGGAGAGGAGAAGACGACAAGAAGAAAGGAGGAUGAAGAUAGAAAAUAGUCAUGAGUCAUGGGACUGUGGUGAUUUUGAAGGUGAUACUGUAUCCAUAGACCAUGAACAGGAGCUGUGUAACACAGUGCUCAUGAUUGGUCCAUCAGGAGUGGGCAAAACGGCUGCUGUGUAUGCUAGUGCACAAGAGCUGGGAUUCAAGGUGUUUGAGGUGAAUAGCUCAACCCUGCGCUGUGGUCGUCUCAUUCUCUCCCAGCUGACAGAAGCAACUCAGUCUCAUCAGGUGGACAUUCAGAAAAUUAAAACCCUCAAAUCUGAAAUCAUUAACCAAAGCAAAAUCAAACCUGAUCCACCUUGCCAUAUAAAUCAUCAUCGAAGGAAAACUUCAAGUUCUCCUAGCAUUUCCCGUCUAAGCACUAAACCACAGCCAGUAAAACUCACUCGCUUUUUCAAGUUGAGUAGCAAAAAGUCUGUAGGUAAAACCUCUGAUGGUCCUGAACAUUAUAUACAUGCUGGCAAACUGAAACCAGAUGGGCUUCAGAGAUCAGUGUCUGGUUUUAAGGACCGUAGACAAGGUGAUCAAGAAUCAACAUGCCCUUCUAAAGGUCCUACUUCACUUGGACAGAGCCGAACAGUCCCCAUGUCACUUAUACUAUUUGAGGAGGUUGAUGUCAUUUUCCCUGAAGAUGUUGGAUUUCUUGCAGCUAUUAAGACUUUCAUGAGCACAACCAAAAGACCAAUAAUUCUGACAACCAAUGACCCAUCAUUUAGUGGAAGACUUAAGGGGCAUUUAGAUGAAAUCCAUUUCCAAACUCCUUCACUGGAAACCAUCAGGAGCUAUCUGCAGUGUUUGUGUGUGGUGGAGAACAUGAGGACUGAUCCAGAGGACGUGGCCUUUUUGCUGUGUCAGAAUAAGGGGGAUAUCAGACAGAGUAUUCUCCAGCUUCAGCUCUGGGUCUGUAGUGGUGGAGGGAGCACAGAACUACAAAUUCUCAAGAACGUACUCCAAGUGAGCCAGACUCAUAUUUAUUUACUAAAGCCUUUACUAUAAGUUUUCUG